AUGGAAGUGUUCUAUGAUCCACAUUGCAAAGGUUCCAAUUAUGUUGACACCAACAUUAAAUAUCUGGCAUUUAACUCUCUCUAUUCCCACAAUUCUGUCUCUGAUAACAAUUUACCUAAAGACGAGUUCAUAGCACUGAAGAACUUGACUAAAUCAAAUGAUGUGGUAAUUACUAAGCCUGAGAAGGGAAAUGGCAUUGUUCUGUUGAACAAAAAGGACUACGUAAACAAGAUGAUGGAUAUUAUCUCUGAUACUAAUAAAUUCAAUCUGGUUCAGAGAGAUAUUUUCUCAGUCAUGUUACAAUGUGAAGGUAAAAUUAACAGACUUCUAUCCAAACUGUUAACAAAUGAUGUAAUAACUCAAGAUACCUACCGAAAUUUGUAUGCAAAGGAAUCAACACCUGGAAUUAUGUGCGGUCUCCCAAAGGUACAUAAGGACGGAAUUCCUCUACGUCCCAUAUUAUCUGCCAUAGGAACAUGCAGUUAUCAACUAGCUAAAUUCCUUGUUCCAAUUCUAACACCUUUAACCACAAAUAUAUUUACAGUAAAGGAUUCAUUCACCUUUGCCAAAGAAAUUACUACUAUUAGUUUUGACAAGUGCUGCAUGAUUUGUUGA